AUUCUAUAUUUAACUUGUCAACAAAACUAGACGAAAUAUGUUUAAAUUUACGUGGUCUUGUAUCAAGUUGUUCGCUUUAGUUCAGGUAGUCAUUUCUAUAGGAUGUAAAAAUCGAGCCAAGGAGAACUGCGAAGAAAAUACGUUGCAGCUUUCAAAUUUACUGUCGUACGCGUGUUCGCAAGUGGAUGACCAAACUAACUGCCGAAGAAAUUUUUUGGAAGCUUCUAGAGCGACAGGAAAUCAACCAUCUCUAACUUUGCUUUCCUUAUAUUCAGAUAUUUAUUUUGCAGACACAAGAUACGAAGAAUGCGCGGGUUUAAUAAAUGAUGCAACAGCUACUCAGACUGGGCAAUGUGUAACUGGUUAUUGUAGACUUAUCAGAUGUAUUAGAAGAAUAAAUGCUGACAUAUUGGUGGCCGAAUGUUACUCGGAAGCCUCUAUAGAUAAUUCCGCAGAAUUACAAGCCGAUCAGGUGAUCCUUUACAAGAACAUUACAUCGUGUAUACUGGCAAAGGCGAGAUGUUCAACUGUAAAUCCAAUAACUGGACAGAGGCAAACUAACGUGUUUACGACAACAAGCCAGGGUAAUUUUGGAAAGCCCCUUUACAAUUCUGUGGAAUUAAACAACGCUUUACAAGUCAACCAAGCUGGAGAUAUACGCAUUAUUGCAUUUCCUAGCACCUUAUCGAUACAAAAAUAUUUAUGUCCAUAUGAGUUUAAUUUAAAACAGAGCUCCUGGCAGAAUUACAUUUGCUGAUCAUUCCUAUUAUACACAAAAUGUUUUUUCUCUAACUUAAAACAAUUAAUAAUAUGUAUAUUAUACUUAAAAUGUCCAUUUACUAACUGAAAAUACCCCAAAACUAACUGAAAUUCGUUUAGAGCAUUUAACAGAGUAGAAUAUAUUUCAAAAAACAAAAAUAUCUUUAAUUUACUGACUUUACUGCAAGAAUCACCCUGUAUAAAAUAAUACAGUUCUUGUAAUAUCCCAUAUUUUAACACAAUUUUUAAAUUACAAAUAAUAUAAAAAACAGUUUGGGAAUAUUAUGCAACUACUUAUACAUACUUGUUUUACUUACGCCAUCUAUACAAUCUAUCUUGUAACUGAGAACUAUGGAAAG